AUGCAAAAAAAUAAAGGUAAUGUGUCUCAAGAUAAACUUGACAUUUCAAAAGUAAUUUUUGGCGCAGGAGUUUUCAGUAUCAGGUAUAAUCCUAUUAAGGAAGUACGGCCUUUGGAGUCGGUGCAUAAAGCAUUAAAGCUAGAAAUUCUUGGUAAUGCACUAGAGUCAUUAAGAUCAGAAUUUCCUAGAUCAACAUAUUAUAUAUUUACAAAGGCUGGUCGAUAUGGUCAUGAUAAAAAAGAUUUUGAUUAUUCUGCUAAACAUGUGAGAGAGUGUGUUAGAGAAAGUUGUAGAUGUUUAAAAACUGAUUAUUUGGAUAUUGUUUUUGCACAUGAUGUUGAAUUUGUUGAGUUAGAGAAAGUUAUCGAAGAUGGUGGUAUUUUACCUGAGUUGUUUAAGUUAAAAGAAGAAGGAAUCAUCAAAUAUGUCGGAAUAAGUGAUUACAUUGAAAAGUUUAAAAAUUCAGUUAAUGUAAAAUAUGUAUUAAAUGCUUCACCACUUAGUAUGGGUCUUUUAUGUGAAAUUGAUCCUCCAGAAUGGCAUCCUGCAUCUGAGGAAUUACGUGAAAUUCUCAAACAAUGGGAACUUAGUAAUAGUUUUAUACAAAAAAGAUGGGCAACAAAAAAGGCAGGUGGUUCAACACAUAAUGGACGUGAUUCUGCUGGGAGAAGAUUAGGAGUAAAGAAAUUUGGUGAUGAAUAUGUUGAAAUUGGAAACAUAAUUGUAAGACAGAGAGGAACUCGAUUUCAUCCAGGAGAAAAUGUAAAAUGUGGAAAAGAUGAUACAUUAUAUGCGAUACAAUCAGGAUUUGUACGAUUUUAUAGGGAUCCCAAAAAACCAAAAAAAAGAUUAGUAGGGAUAGUUUUUGAUCGUAAUGAUAAAUUACCUAGAUUACCGACUGAGCCAAGAUCACGUAAAUUUGAGUUUAUUGAUUUAGUGUCAUAUAGGAAUGAGUUGAAAUUAUCAAGAGAAAAGGCGGCAUCAAAAAAACUUGAAAAUUAA